AUGGCAGCACGCGGAAUGCUCAAAGCACAACGUGCUGGAAGCCAGAGUUUCGACGCUGCUCCUGCUUUCGAACAGCAGUUCGUCGACUCCUUCCAGUGUGCCCUUCCAGAUUUGGCUGCGCGAAAGAUCAAGAUGGCUGUCAACGCCGGGGCUUGCGACACGGAACUUCUAUAUCAACGUAUACAAAAUAUCGUCGAGGAAUCUGGAACAGACCUUCGAGUUGCCUGGAUCGAAGGAGACGAAGUUCUCGACGUGGUCCAGCAGUACGUUUCUGAGGGAGCGAAACUUCGAAACAUCACUACGGGCCAGUCUUUUCAGGAAUGGGAACACAGCCCGGUGUAUGCGCAGUGCUACCUAGGCUCACGAGGUAUAUCACAGGCUUUCAUGAAUGGGGCAGACAUCGUCCUCUGCGGUCGCGUGGCCGAUGCUGCCCCAACCAUGGGAGCUGCUGCAUAUUGGCAUGGGUGGUCUAGCGCGCAGUACCAGGAGCUCGCACAUGCUUUGAUCGCGGGUCAUCUGAUCGAGUGUUCUUACUACGUCACCGGCGGCAACUACACCGGCUUCAAGACGCUCCCUCAGGGCAAGAGUCCCUUGUUAAAUCUACCCAUUGCCCGCAUUCAGUAUGAUGGUACCUUUUUCAUCGAGUGCCACCACUCGAAGGAUAGGGGCGGCGAAGUAUCUAUCAACACGUGUAGAUCCCAACUGCUCUAUGAGCUGCAGGGCAAGCGAUACUACAACUCGGAUGUGGUAGCCAUCGUGGACCAGGUCAAGAUGGAGCAGGCCGGUCCUGAUAGUGUCUUUGUACACAACAUCGGCUUCGAAAAGCCCCCGCCAACGACAAAGGUCGGCUUGACUGCCCCCGGAGGCUACCAGGCGGAGGUACACUACUUCAUAGUGGGCCUCGACGCUGAAGAAAAAGCUGCUCUGUUGGAGAAACAGCUAAGAUUCUACCUCGAUGUCGAGUCCAUGACCAAGCUUGCUUUUACAGUCAGCGGGAGCUGCCAGUCCAACCCAGCAUCCCAAGACGCCGCGACUGUUGAUGUGAGGGUCUUUGCCCAAGCGCUUGACGCUGAUGCUCUGUCGCCGCACAACUUCCGCAACAAGUGCUGGAACAUCGUCAUGUCAACGUACCCCGGAGCCACCUUUGCCGUCGACGACCGCCAGGCAUUUCCGAAGCCUUACAAUGAGUACUUUGUCACUAUAAUGCCACAAGCCCUUAUCAGGCAUAGAGCUCAUCUUCCUUGGCGUGAGCGCGUGGUCGACAUUGAGCCACCAAUUGAUACAGUUCCUUAUGUGCAUCAGCAGGAGGUGCAACCUGUGACUGAGCCACAACCGCUGCUCUCCUUUGGGCCGAGCAUCAUGGCACCGCUAGGCUACAUCGUGCACGCCCGGUCGGGUGACAAAGGUUCAGAUUGUAAUAUCGGCUUCUUUGUCCGCCACGAGGAUGAGUAUGCCUGGCUGAGGUCCUUGCUCACCGUAGACCGAAUCAUAGAUAUUCUACAGAAUGAUUAUAAUGGAGGACGUGUCGAACGAUUCGAGCUGCCAAAUAUCCAAGCUGUUCACUUUCUGCUCAAAGAUCAUCUGGACCGAGGAGUGGCGGCAAGCUCGACUUAUGAUGUGCUGGGAAAGAAUGUGGCUGAGUAUCUAAGAGCAAAGCACGUGCCUAUCCCAAGAAAGUUUCUUGAUCGCGGAAGGAUUUAG